UGUCUGGACAGAGAGAAGCAAAGAGAGGAGCGAGGACGCACAGAGGAGCUGACGGAGCAUUAAUGAGAUACUGGCCGGUUAGAGUUACAGGGAUGCAGUUUUAGCCCAAACCCACCACUGUUUUUCAGGCUCGAAUCUGCGGACUUGAACGCGCCAAAAACUGGGAACAUUUUCGUUUUUGAAAAGAAACUUUAGUGGAUUAACUUAUUCUCAAAAAUGGGCUUGGAACAGUUUCGCGUAAAGACACCGGGGACAGCAGAGCCUCCUGCCCGCUCACUCCUUUGUAUGAUCGGGCUGUUGCUCACUUUUUCUCAGCCUGUCUGUGAAGCGUUCAACUUGGACGUGGAGAACCCAGCUGUUUACAGCGGACCUGAAGGGAGCUAUUUUGGAUAUGCUGUUGACUUUUAUUUGGCUGAUUCCACCAGCGCCAGUGUCGUUAUAGGAGCACCCAGGGCCAACACACAGCAAGUAAACGUUACAGAUGGAGGAUCCGUGUUCUACUGUCCAUGGAGCCUCGGCCAAUCAGACUGUCACACUAUUGAAUUUGAUCCUGAAGGGGAUCGCACCGUCUUGCUCAACGACACCGAACAUCGGAUUGAUUUCAAGUCCAACCAAUGGUUCGGCGCCACUGUGCGUACUCAUGGUGACACAAUCCUGGCCUGCGCCCCUCUCUACUCCUGGAGGACUGAAAAGGAUGUCCCCCGUUCUGACGCUACAGGAACAUGCUACCUCUCAGCACAUAAUUUCACCAAGUUUGUGGAGUACGCUCCCUGCAGAACAGAGAUCAGCGAUGCUGUGGGACAGGGCUACUGUCAGGGAGGAUUCAGUGCCGACUUCACAACGGAUGGCACAGUGGUAUUGGGAGGACCAGGCAGCUACUUCUGGCAAGGUCAGGUGAUCUCUGCAUCUAAGGAGGACAUUAUCAAAUCGUACUACCCGGGCUAUUUCAUGCAGUCUGUGGUGAGCCAGAUCCAGACCAGACAGGUCGAGGCUACACAUGAUGACAGCUACCAGGGCUACUCUAUUGCUGUUGGAGAAUUCAGUGGUGAUCAAGUGGAGGAUUUUGUGGCCGGUGUUCCAAAAGGACUGAAGCUUUACGGUUCGGUGUCUAUUCUGAACGGUACAGAUCUGAAGAUCAUGAUUAACUACACCGGCGAGCAGAUGGGUUCAUAUUUUGGCUAUGCAGUGGCAACAACAGACAUCAACAAUGAUGGGAUGAUCGACCUGCUGGUGGGAGCUCCAAUGUUCAUGGUGCGAGGCUCUGAUGGGCGCCUAGAAGAGAUGGGUCGUGUAUAUGUUUACCUCCAGCAUAGUCCCCUGAACGUGACGCUCCACCUACCUCAACUGACAGGCACUCAGGUGUUUGGGAGAUUUGGCAGCACCAUUGCACCGUUGGGAGAUCUUAACCAGGAUGGUUUCAACGACGUGGCUAUCAGCGCUCCGUUUGGAGGGGAGGAUCAACAGGGACUAGUCUACAUCUUUAACGGGUACUCAGGAGGUCUCAGGGAAAAACCAUCUCAGGUGAUAGCUGGACAGUGGGCAGUUGGGACGGUUCCUGCCAGUUUUGGAUUUGCCCUCAGAGGUGAUAAGGACCUGGACAUGAACGGAUACCCAGAUCUCAUCGUUGGUGCUAUUGGCGUUAAUAAGGCAGUUCUCUACAGGUCUCGCCCAAUCGUGAACACCAGCGCCUCUCUGAAAGUUUAUCCCACCAUGAUCAACCCCGAUGAGAAGAACUGCAUCGUCUCCAAUGGAAACAACAGCAUUCCUGUUUCCUGUGUCAACCUAAGUUUCUGCGUCUAUGCCGAUGGGAAGCACCUUCCAGACAUCCUAGAUUUCCAGGUGGAGGUGCAGCUUGAUAGCCACAAGCACAAGCAGAAAGGUGGAGUGAAGAGGGCUUUGUUCUUGGAUUCCCAGCAGCCUUUACUGCAAAAGAGUGUGACGGUGCGGCGGGGAGAGCGUGUUUGCAACCACACCAAGAUCUACCUUAGAGAGGAGAAAGAAUUCAGGGAUAAACUCUCCUCCAUUUACGUGGCCUUGAACUUCAGCUUGGAUCCAGCAGCAGCAGCUGACUCCCACGGGCUGCGGCCUAUCCUCAACUAUCAGACCACCAACGUGAUUGAGCAGAAGGCUCAGAUUCUGCUGGACUGCGGAGAAGACAACAUCUGUGUUCCUGACUUGAAGCUGGCAGUGCACGGGAACAGGAAAGAAGUCUACCUGGGUGAUGACAACUCGCUGACCCUGACUUUCAACUACAGGAAUGAGGGCGAGGGAGGUGCGUACGAGGCGGAGCUGUAUGUGGUGCUGCCCCCUGAAGCUGACUACAGCGGUAUUGCUCGCAAUAAUGAGAGCCUGACUCAGCUGACAUGUACCUAUGAGACAGAGAAUCAGACCCGAUACCUCAGCUGUGAUUUGGGCAACCCGAUGAAGCCCGGCACAGAUCUGUGGGCAGGUCUGCGCUUCACUGUGCCUCGGCUGAAGGACACACACAAAACUGUUCAGUUUGAGCUGCAGAUUCGCAGUAAAAACGAGAAUAAUUCCCACAGUGAGGUCGUCCCCCACAAACUGGAGGUGGUUGUUCAGGCUGAAGUCAUUCUUCAAGGUGUGUCUCGGCCAGAUAAGGUUUUCUUCCCGCCGGCCAACUGGAAGGUGACCAAAAACCAAGAGGUGGAGCAGGACAUUGGGCCUGCGGUGGAACACAUCUAUGAGCUUGUGAACAACGGGCCCAGUCGGAUCAGCCACACCCACCUUGAACUCCGCUGCCCCUUCAGUGUGCCGGAUCACACUCUCCUGUACCCUCUGGAGUUCUCCACAGAAGGCCCCAUCAACUGCACUGCCGACAAAUACAUGAACCACCUCCACCUCAAACUCCAGCGCACUUCAACAGAACCUCCGAUCCUGGCAUUAAAAGCACACGAGCACCGAAUCGAGAGGAGGGACGUCAACAGGAAUCAGCUGGCUGAUUUGACUAACCUGUCCUGUUCUAAUGCGGAGUGCUGGACGAUCCAGUGCAAAGUGGGUCUGCUGGAGAAGGGGACUACAGCUAUCCUGAAAGUUCGAUCCCGCGUCUGGGCUGAGACCUUCAUCGAGAGAUCCUACAAGCAGUAUGUGCUGGAGUGCCUGGCCAGAUACAGUGUGAAGACGAUGCCGUACGCCAUCCUACCUAAACAUGUUCCAAGUGGACACAAAAAGGUGGUGACUCCAAUCGUGUGGAACAAGCCGGAUCUGGAGAACUCGGUUCCUCUAUGGAUCAUCAUAUUGGCCAUUUUGGCUGGUUUGCUGCUCCUGGCUCUACUAAUAUAUGUAUUAUACAAGUUCGGUUUCUUCAAGCGAUCCGUACCGUACGGCACGGCCAUGGAGAAAGCACAACUCAAACCACAGGCUGCCUCCGAGGCCUAGAUCUGCUAACAGAACCACAGUACCUGGCCAUAUGAUUGCAAUGGAGAGACUCGAUGGAUCAUGAAGAGUGUUAUCAGGAAGCAGUUAAGCGAAAAGAGAGACCACUGGAACUCCACUGUGCUGCACUAGAGGAAGACAAAAAUCCAAAGAUCUCCAAAUGAAUGUUUCCUUUUCUUCUUUUUUUAAUUUAUGUGUGUUGGCAGGUUGGGAUUGUUACCAAAUACAACUUUUUCUCAAUGCCUGAAGGCUAAAAAGAGACUGAACAAGAAGAUAGUGACUGCAGAAGAGGUGCAGGCGACCAUCAGAUGCCUGUUGGGUUUCCUUUUGCUGAUUCUUGUUACGGAGAGAUCUGUGUGUUACGCCUUUAACUGCUUUAUUUUGGUGCUAAUGACCUGAUGUGUUCACAUGUAGCUUGUGGCAGCCAGGAGCUGUGAUUUCCGCUGCCUGCUGAGGCCUGAAAUGAUUUGUCUGACGUCUCCUGAACACACGGUUGUAUUGACAGAAGUCUGUAAACAGGUUUCAGAUGGAAAUGCUAACCAUAGCCAUAGCAGAGGCAAGACUACCUGCCUAGAUUUUAAAUCAAAUAAUGACUCAAAUUUCAUCCAUUUGUUUAAACUUAGACAAUCCCUGACCUGUGGGAGGUGUUCCCUUGAUUCAUGCCUGACGCUCUCUGGGAUGGGCUAACCCAGCAUCCUGCAACCCAGAGCGGGAUAAGCAGGUUCAAAAAAACACAUGGAUGAACUGUUAUAAAGAUGAUCUCUCUGCCUCAGGUUGAUGGACAGCGCUGGGUUGUUUUUGCACUCAAAGGAAAUCUACUGAUAUAAAUCCAAAGACACCUGAGACUGACUGACUGACCUUCCUUUGAGUUCUUAUUUUGACUCCUACUGAUGAAUUUGUUGGAACGUUUCUGUCCUUUUCUUGCUCAUGUUCAGAGUUACCAAUGCAAGCGUAGUCGACUGGGAUGGGACUGGAACCACCGACCACAGACCUGUGGAACCUCACAUUAGGCUCGAAGCAGUGUGGUGCUUCUGCAAAAAAAAAAAAGUGGUGCUCUCUUAAAGAACAUUUUGCUGUUCUCACUCCUGAUGCAUUUGUUUUUUGGGCUUAUGCAACAAGGAAGCAACGUGCAAGCGAAUUACAUUUAAGAGAAACCAGAGUUAAAGGCUUCGGCUUCCUGAACCAAACACAGGACAAUCAUGGACUUUGUAGCCUUGACAGAGAGCUUUUUUUUUUGAGUGUGAAGGAUCCAUUUUGAGCUCACAGAAUGUGUGACUGUGAGACACUGAAGCCGCCCAUGUUUAAAAAAAGAAGAGGCUGAAAUCAUCCCACUACCAAAAGGCUACAGGGACUGAACGUUGAAAUGCUUAGUGUCUUCAUGUACAUAGAUUUAAUGUGCCUUACAUGUAAAUAUUGUAAGUGUGUGGGCUGGGGUUGUGUGUGUGAUGCGUGUAUAAAGUGUGACUACAUGCAUUUGUGUGAAUGGUAUAUUUAUGAAUGUUUGUUUUGUGUGAGUUGGUUAUCAGCUUUCCCACUGCGUAGUCCUGUUUCUCCCUAUCUCCUCUAAGCUUGAGAUCAUUGGGGUUAAGCCAUUCUUCUAUGCUAUCAGCCAUUGUAGCAUUAAAAAGCAUAACAUUCAAAAUUCAGGUUGAGAAGUUUUACACCCUCAGUGGAAACAAUCAUACGGCUGCCGUCCAGACAUAACGUCCAUCAGGAUGUCUUGUACCUCUAUCAAAGGGAUGACAACUAGGCACUGGGAAACAGAUGUUGUUUGGAAGUGCAAUAUUUAUAUUCACUCUAUUUUACAGUGCUUUCUUUUUGUUUUAUUUUGUGAUCAACCAGAACUUUUAUUUUUUGUGUCUAAGUUUGUGAUGAGCACAAACUAAAUCCUGUGUGAGGCUUCUCACUUUCACUUGCUUUUUCCACUCAGUGUGAUUUUUCUUCCACUUCAGUUGUACUCACCACUUCAUUGCAGGACCACUUUUUCUAAUCGCACCACCGGCUGACAAAAAACAGAAACAGAAAAAAACAGCAGAACCUAUCUGAGUUGAACUCUGGUAUGUUGAAAUAGUUGGAUAAUUUAUGUGCUCUGCUGCUGCUGCACCUGUCCAAACACCAACAUGAUACUAACCAUGUGUUUUACAUUCGUUUGCCACAUCACACUCUUUUUCCUUUUGGAGAGUGAUUUACUAUUUGUGAAACGGUCCACAAAAUCCCCAUUUGGUGUUUCAUUUAAAACAUUAACUUCGCAUUUGUCUUUUAUUUUUUCAACUGAACAUGUCAGCCCAUUAUUUAUAACGACAGGGGAUCAUUUCACUACUUCCUCCGUGUUACAUCAGGAGAAGGCACUGGUUUUUAUUUCCUUUUUUUUGUACAUGGUUAAGCCCAUUUCCACUCUCCAGGACUUCCAUUAAAGAAGUUGUACAUAUUUAUGACAAGGAGAGUAUUUUUUGAAUUUAAAGGAUUUGUUGUGAAUUUUUCUCACCCCAUAUUGGGGGGAACAUUUCUGUCAGGGGUGGGGAGGGGGACUUUGGAGGUCAAUUUUUUACCUGUUAUUGUUUGUAUUUUAAAUAAAGUAUUUCCCUUUUUA